UAAGCGAUCAUCAUGAUCCUCCCAUUUCCUGGGAAAAUAGGGUUCUAAGCGAUCCUCGGAUCCCCCUUUUUAUGUCAAACAGGCUGUGUUUCUGAGGAGAAGUAUACCUCUCAUAAGAGUCUUACGAGUGUACUUUUAUUACUCAAAAUGGAAGCCUUGCUUACCUUAUGUUUUUGUUCGUAUAUUCAUCAGCUUUCGCUUACCAAUAGAAGAAAUUUAAAGAGAAGAUGCAGAAUAUCUGUCAGCUAUGCCCUGAAGGUGCGCAAUGGCUUGAUGAACAUGAACUAACAAUGUGGACGUUUCAUAAGGACGGAGGUACCAGAUGGGGUAUUGCCACAACGAACUCAAGCGAGAGUAUCAACAAUGUCUACAGGGCAUGUCGUGCACUCCCCAUCUCUGCAAUUGUUGAGAUGACAUUCUGGAAAAAAAACGCAUGGUUCGUCAACCGUCUCCACUGAUGUGAGAAGAGGGAGGCACAGGGUAAGGUACACUCCGAUAAGGCCACAAAAAUAAUGGAAAAAGAUAAUCGGAAGAGCUCUCGGCACACUGCCACUGUUAUGAACCGAAGUGAUGGCGAGUAUUCGGUCGAGACCGGGCACUGGGAGGAUGAGAGACGUGGGGGUCAUCGCCAUGAAGUCACCGUCAACUUUAGGACCAAAAAAGGGGAGUGCUCUUGUCAGAAGUAUCAGGGUAGAGGUAUACCUUGUUCACAUGCAAUGGCUGUAAUAAAGCACAGGAGCAAAGCCCCUCGUCAUCUCGUUAGUCCGUUCUUCAACAUCGACUCACAAAAGAGCAUUUAUGGUAAGAGUUUCCGUGCAUUGUCCGAUGAAGCUUACUGGAUAGUUUAUGAGGGUAAGGUCAUUAUCCCACCAAUCGAACUUAGGCGGGAAAUAGGUCGCCCACGGGUAAAAAGGAUUCCAAAUGAGAUGGAUCAAAGUGGAAGACCACACGAGGGCCAAGGCGGUGUUCCAUAUGUAAAGUACCAGGGCACAAUAAACGAAAUUGUCCUGGACCAAUUGGUCCUCAAAAUCCAAGUCCCGAUGUGGUGAACCCGGAUAAUGGCGCAUAGAUUAAUUUCAUGCACUUCCACAUGGCCCACAGAGUGUAUUAAUUUCAAUGGUUACAUACUUGUAUUUUGUGUGCUUAAAUGGCAACGUUCCAUCUUUUUGAAUAAACACAUCGCUCACACAAACACACUUCUACAUGAAACAAAAAAUAACUUCAAAUAAAAACAACUUGUUUAACUUAACUUAAACAAAACGUAACUUGAAAUAAAAACACCUUGUCACACUCAUGCAUUAUUUCGACGAUUCACCCUUUGUUUCCUUGUGGAAGUGGUGGAAGAUUCCGUAGAAGGACGCUGGUCUGUGCUAUGCUGUCGCGGUGCCAUGCCAGGUGGCCCCUUGGUGUGCACUCGAGAACUAUCCACGCUCAUACGGUGGAGAGUGGACUGCCAUUGUUGUUGCGGUCGAUGCAAAGGUGAGAAGUCUUGGUGGGGACUCAAGGAUGAACCAUCGGUCCAAGUAGCCGAGGAUGUGCCUUCAUGAAAUGUACUUGGCCGGGGAUCAUAGUGAAAACUGGGCCGGAGAUUGUAUUGGAAACUUAGUCAGGGAUCAUAGUGGUGACCGGGCGGGGGAUCGUAGUGGAAAUUGGGGCGAGGCUCAUGUUGAGUACUGCUAUCGUAGAAAGUACUCGGUCGCGGAUCGUAGUGAAAAAUUGAGCGGGGUUCAUACUGAGUACUCGACCCUGCACCUUCGCACACCUCCAAUGGAGUAGACACCUUCCACGCCUCAAUCGGCUUGAUCUCGGGCAAGUGAGGUCGAUCCCUUUGAUAGACCAUUUAUUACACAUGUUUUUACCCCUAUUCUUGAGCCGUUUGAGAUGUCGAUUCCCAUGUUUUAGGCCUAUUUCACGCUAGUUUGUUCUUGUUUGUGAUAUUUCAGGUCCUAGUACGUGAAUGAAGGUUUAGGAACGAGUUCGGGGUCGAAUGGACAAAGUUUGGACGCUUGGCGAGAAGCUGAGAAGCCACACGGGCAUGCCCAAAAGCCACACGGCCGUGUAGGGGCCCCUUGUGGCCGUGUGAAGGCUCGGUAAAAGCCACACGGGCAGACAGGGGAGCCACACGGCCGUGUGGGUCCUGGCCGCGUGGGAUGGCUGAAGUCACUUAAUCGAAACUCUGUGUUUUGCACACUCACACGGGCAGCCUGGGAGAGUCACACGGCCGUGUGAGUCGGGAAUCUCUGGUUUUAAGCCAAAUUUUGAGCCAAAGGAGAGGGAGAGCUGGGUUUUGGUUCCCAAACACCCAAGGGACGAACCCUAGAGAGAGAGAGAGCGACUUGGGAACAUUCUUGGAGCUAUUUUGGAGGAUUUCUUCGCCAUUGGAGCUCGGGAAUCAAGCUUGGAGAUGGAGAUUGAAGAUCUAGAUAAGAUUUCUGCAGUCUCUCUCUUCUCUAUGGAGUAACUUCCCUUCACUUAGGUUUUGAGGAACCCUAGUUCCAUGUGUUAGGAUCUUUCUUGUAUGAAGUUUUGGAUGCUAUAUUGUAUGAUUAUAAUCAAUUGAGGCAUGAUUU